AUGAAAAACCAGAGCUGUGUCACUGGGCUCACACUCCUGGGCCUUUUACAGGACUCAAAAGUUGAGAAAAUAUUGUUUGUUGUAUUUUCUCUGGUCUACCUAGCAACUAUUGGGGGCAAUAUGAUAAUUGUGAUGACCAUUUUAUAUAACCCUGCACUGCUGGGCUCCCCCAUGUACUUCUUCUUGAUAUUCCUGUCCUUAUUAGAUGCAUGCACUUCUUCUACUGUUACUCCCAAGAUUAUAGUAGACUUCUUCUAUAAAAGGAAGACCAUUUCCUUUGAAUGUUGUAUGAUACAGCUGUUUUCUGUCCACUUUUUCACUGGGGUAGAGGUGAUUGUGCUGUCAGCCAUGGCCUAUGACCGCUAUGUGGCCAUUUGCAAGCCCUUACACUACUCUUCCAUCAUGAACCGGAGUCUUUGUGGAAAUCUUGUGGUAGUUGCCUGGGUAGGAGGCUUCUUGCAUUCUAUUAUACAAAUUAUUUUCACUUUGCAGCUGCCCUUCUGUGGACCCAAUGUUAUUGAUCAUUACAUGUGUGACUUAUUCCCAUUACUGAAACUUGCCUGUACUGACACACACAUUUUUGCAAUUUUGGUGUUUGCCAACAGUGGGACUAUCUGUAUCAUUAUUUUUUCCUUAUUGGUUGUUUCUUAUGGUGUCAUCUUGUUCUCUCUGAGAGCACAGAGCUCUGAAGGGAAAUUUAAAGCUCUCUCCACCUGUGGGUCUCACAUUACUGUUGUGGUUUUGUUCUUUGUCCCAUGCAUAUUAACAUAUGCAAGACCAACAUCUGCAUUCUCCUUUGAGAAAAAUGCUGUUGUAUUUACAACAAUCUUGACCCCAUUGCUCAAUCCUAUGGUUUAUACUUUUAGAAAUAAGGAAAUGAAAAAUGCCUUCAGGAAAAUGUGGAAAAAACUGAUAGUAGUUUCUGACAAAUAUUAA